GAACAAUUAAACCUAGCGAUGCUAAGAGACCUGGCUUCCCCUUUAGUCUCCCGCCGCCUCUAAACUUCCAUUGCCUUUAACCUCUCGAGCCUCUAUCUUCCUUUCCUUUCAUCCUUUCUUUCUUGUUCUCCCUUCCCGUCCGCUCUUUUAGACUCUCAACUUCAUAACAAACUCCCCACCGCCUCCUUCCAUUCCUUCAACAAUCUUCAUGCUCAGUAAUUUUGCAUGAACGUCCAUUGACCUUCCCUUGCGCCCGGAGGUCUCGGCCCCAAUACGCUCGUUCUUUUCUCUUCAACCUUCGCUCGCUACUUAUGAUUGACGCCUGUAACGCUCCCCAAUUGGAGCUGCAGCCACUUUUUACAUUGUUGUAGUUACUGCCUACCCAGACCAUUCCCCCGCGGUCACCGUAUUUUCGUAUUCUUCUCCCCCUAAUUUUCGAUAUUGGUCCUUCCUGACAACUACCGUACCCUCAAAAUGCCCGAUUCUACGCCCCAAACGGCCGACUCAGGAACACCCAAGGCCGGUGCUCCCAAGGACAAGAAUUGCCCCUUUUGUGGACAAGCAUUCACCUCUUCUUCGCUCGGUCGCCAUCUCGAUCUGUACAUCAAGGAGAAGAACCCAAAACCCGCGGAUGGGAUUCACGAUGUCGAUGCUAUCAGAAAGCUUCGUGGUAGCAUCACCAGACGACAGCCCCGGGGCUCCCUUGGUGGGAGGCGUGAAGCCUCAACUCCUGUGGGAACGCCUAGAGCAAAUGUCGUAAAGGAUACACCCCUUCCCGAGAACGAAGACUUCCAAUCCCCUGUUCUCUCCAAAGAUAAUCAACUCUCUGUUGACUCGACCAUGACAUAUGCGCCAGCUUUUCAGCCAACAUGGGAGGCAACUGGCGUUAUGAACGACAUCCCGAAACGAGGCAGUUGGGAGAGUGAUGCCGCACCUGAGCCACCAAAACGCCCUGGCAUGCAACGUACUGUUAGCAAACAGGCCAUCCAAAAAGCCCAGUUUGAUGUUAAGCAAAAACUUUCCGACGCUAUGGAUACAGCCCGUGCCGCGGAGCUCGCGUUGAGGGAGCUCCUCAGCUCUUGGAGAGCAGCCAAGGUACAACUUGACAGCAACUCGAUGCCAUUCGAUUUCGAUCCCUUAUCUCUCGAUUUCCCUGCCCUCACUCUUCAAUGCCUACAGCCCCCACCGACCCUUUUCUCGUCCACCCAACAUCCUACCUCCACAUCUUGGUCAGUCCAAUCGCCAGGGCACCGCGAAUACGAGGCUCUGCGGACUUACUUCGCAGGAGAGUUCAAGGCUUGGAAAGUAACAUGUGCUUCUGCUACCACCGCCGUAAUGGACGAGUUUAAAUACCCCCCUUCGACAAACAACAGUUUCCGAAACCCUCGGGAGUCGAUCCGCAAGGCUGAGAAAAUGGCCGAACAACUUGAGGCGCAAAUCGAUGAACACCUCCAGUCAGCAUACGCAGUUUGGGAGACUCUUCCAAUUCAACGGCAGCAAGAACUUUGGAUUCUGGAGUUAGCCCGUGGAGUGGGAAGAAAACACAAGGAGGCCGAGAAAAUGAAGGAGAAGCAGCACCGACUCAAACAAGAGAAUGCCAACCUCAAAUCCCAGAUUGAGCAACUGAACAAGUUACAGCAACCAAAGGAGUUCAGGCUUGCCCCACCAGUCACAAUUCCGCUUGAAAGGGAGCUGCUUUCCCUUUCUUACGAGCAGGCUGUCAAGGGCGGAAGGGCUGUAGGUUUCUCUAUCGAGGAUAGCCAACUCGACCUCGGUUCUCUCGUGACAAGAUCCAUUGAGCGUUGGAAGAGUGUCAUUGCUUCUUCAAGGGCCAAUGCUGCUGGGAUGAAUGCCCAGAGGACGUUGGAACAAGCCAGCCAGAAUCAAGCCUCUUCCGCUACUGUCAACGGUGCUCAACCAACGCCACAGAUCCAGACGCCAUCUCAGCCACAUUUCCAAGCACAACAGCAACAGCAGCAACACCAACCGCAACGACCACAGCUUGCCAAACGUCAGUCAACAACUAGCAUUAACGGUGCUCCAAGCGAGCAUGCCACUACUUCGGCCUCGACAACUGGGCCCUCCUCGAUCGCCGAGGCCAGUGAUCAAGAUGCCGAUGCAGAGAUGGAGGAUGAUGAUAGCUUCGCCAUGGUGAACGCCUCUCCAAUCAAGCCUCAACCACCUGUCCAGCAACAAGCAACUCUAGAGGUACCACGCACACGGCCUGUUCAACAGCAGCAACAGCAACAACAACGAGCCGCACAGUUUAUGAUGCCCAACGGAACUGGGAGCCCUAUCAACCGAACGGCCAUUAACAUGAGUCGUUCAAUGCCAAAUAUGAAUAUGGCAAUGCAAAAUGGAGCAAUGCAUGGUACAGACAUGGCCAUGGCAAUGCAGGGGGUACGCGGGGAUGCCAUGUUUUUAGAAUAAAACAACGUUUUCAGUUGGGCGGUUAAAGUUGAGAAUCACAAUAGUUGAUUGGCUAACAAAAAUACACAAGUAAUGACGAAGACUCAGAGCUUGAUACAACUUGCUCAUGAUUCAAUAAUAUGACCAAUUCGGAUAGCUCACUACUUCUCUUGCUUCGUUCUCGUGGUCUUUUGCCGUAUAUAGACAUUUCUACCAAUGGUUUUAUCUGUGG